AUGGGCAAUAAAGUCUCCGCUGAGGGUCCAAAUAUAAGGCCCUUUGAAAGCAAUGGAAGUCCUCCACCGGAAUGUCCCAUGCAUAACAAAACUACUAAUGAAACGAAUGAUAAACCCCGACCUUCUGAGUGCCCAGUUCAACAAGACAAGAAUGAUAUCAAUCCAUACAACAUGAUGCCUCCGGCUAACCAAAAACCUGCACCUGAUCAGCCUUUUCCCCUUCCAACAAACCGUCAAGUAUCCUCAAUUCCCCGGGCGAUGCCUGAUGGUUCUACAGAAUUUUGGGUAUACCCAAGCCAACAAAUGUUUUGGAAUGCCAUGCUGCGUAAAGGCUGGCGCUGGAAAGACGAUGAGAUCAAACAAAAGGAUAUGGAGGACAUAAUCCGUAUACACAAUGCCAACAACGAACAGGCUUGGCAAGAAGUAUUAAAGUGGGAGGCAUUACAUGCUAAAGAAUGUGGACACCCAAGGCUGAAAAGUUUUGGCGGUAAAGCAACUGAUUAUAGUCCGAGAGCAAGGAUACGAUCAUGGUUGGGAUAUGAACUUCCAUUUGAUCGCCAUGAUUGGAUUGUAGAUAGAUGUGGGAAAGAUGUCAGAUAUGUUAUUGAUUAUUAUGAUGGUGGUGAAGUGGACAACAAAUAUCAAUUUGCACUUCUUGAUGUCAGGCCAGCAUUGGAUUCUUUUGAAAAUCUAUGGGAUAGAAUGAGAGUGACCUACAUGAGAUAUCGCUAUGAACUUAUUGGAAACAAGGAAAAUAGUAAAUUGUCAAAUUCU